UCCGCUGGGUUCAUUCAUUUCCAAGCAAACCACGGUUAGCGUAAACCCAACCAGGGUUAAAGACAUGUAGUGAGGUAGUUUAUAAAGAGACACUGACCAUGCCGGAAGAGACGUAAACAUCUAAUCCAAAUAAAACCAAAACAACCUUCAAAGGCAACACAACCAUGAUGUUGGGGGAGACGAACCGCGCAAACCCAACCGUACACGUCCCACCGUGGCCGCUCAUCCACGAAUCCUCGCCGGAGAUCUUUUCACCGUACACCGCCAAUGCUGAUUACUCUCCGUACUCUCUGCAAGAAGCUCUCAGCGCCCUUCAGCACUACGACUCCACUGAUGCAGAGUCAGACUCUGAUGUUCCUUCCCUGGAAUCGGAUGUUCCGGUUGACGCCUACUCCUGCGAUCAUUUCCGCAUGUUCGAGUUCAAGGUUCGGAGAUGCGCACGUGGCAGGUCACAUGACUGGACCGAGUGUCCGUACGCCCACCCCGGCGAGAAGGCUCGCCGCCGUGAUCCCCGCAAGUAUCACUACUCCGGGUCGGCCUGCCCCGAUUUUCGCAAGGGAAGUUGCAAGAAAGGUGACGCAUGCGAGUACGCGCACGGGGUUUUCGAGUGCUGGCUCCACCCCGCUCGUUACCGCACUCAACCGUGCAAGGACGGCACCAGUUGCCGCCGGCGCGUGUGUUUCUUUGCCCAUACGCCGGAGCAACUAAGGGUAUUGCCGCAGCAGAGUCCACGCAGUGCUGACUCGUACGACGGGUCUCCUCUAAGACACGCGAUCGAGUCCUCCAAGACGGCGGCGCCCUUCGUGUCUUCUCCCGGGUCGUUGUCGCCGCCGGUGGAGUCGCCGCCUAUGUCUCCGAUGACUCGUUCCGGGUCUUUGUCUGUUAACGAGAUGGUAGCUUCGCUGAGAAACUUGCAACUGGGGAAGAUUAAGUCCUUGCCUUCUUCCUGGAAUGUUAUAGGGUCUCCCGGGUUCGGGUCACCCAGAGGACCAGUGAUCCGACCCGGGUUCUUCAGUCUUCCUUCGACCCCAACCCAGGCUCCGGUUCGCGGUGGGGUGAAUUACUUUGACCUGUGGGAGCAGAGUUGCGAGGAGGAGCCUGUGAUGGAGAGGGUGGAGUCCGGAAGAAACAUAAGAGCGAGGAUGUUCGAGAAGUUGAGCAAAGAGAACGUUCUUGACGGGCCGGGUUCGGGUGAGCCCGUGGUCCCGGAUGUCGGGUGGGUCUCGGAGCUUGUGAGUCGCUGAUUUCAUUCUGCCACUGUUCCCUCGGCGUGUAUAGAAUACGGGGGAGAAGAAAAGGAAGAAUGGUAGUGCGAGAUUUAUUUUGGAAGAAGAAUCCACUUAUGUUCUGUAAAUAGCCUAUUCUAAAGGUGUGGGUGAAGACAGUAUAAUGGUUUUUUGGGGGGACUUGUUGGACGAUGAACAGGUGAUUUUCAAGGAUGAACAUCCUAAGCAUUUGUAUAGGUAGCAGCGGAUGAUGAAGUUAUAUAAUUCCCGUGUCUUAAUUACCGUGUUUAUUUUCACUAAUCUCAUCUCAUUCAUGUAUAAAUUUAAAAUAUUUCUCAUAUCUUAUGAACAAUUCAAACCUCUGUCCUUUAUCACUCCAAAAUAAAA